GGGUGUGGGGGGGACAUGGCUCACCUGUGGAGCACUGGUUGUAUCCUCUUCCUCAGCUCUCUCCACACAGCCACAGGCCUGAAGUGUUUCUGUAUAAGCUGUGUGAGCACCAACUACACAUGUGAGACGGACGGCAUUUGCCUGGCUUCUGCCACCCUUUUUGGUGGAAUAGUAGAGCAGUGGAAGACCUGUGUGUUCCAGCGAGAUAUGAUGCCUCCAGGGAAACCUUUCUCCUGUGCUAAUUCCAAAAACGUGUCGAAAACAUUCUGCUGUAACACUGACUAUUGCAAUAACAUUGACAUCACGUUGCCCAUUCCCAAAGAAAACCAUCUUGGUGGAUCAGGUUGGGGAAACAUAGAAUUGGCAGCUGCGAUAACUGUGCCAAUGUGUCUCCUGUGUCUGGCUAUGUUAGUGACUGUCUAUGCAUUUUAUGGACGACCGUGUGCCUAUGGCAAAGCAAAAAGGCAAAGAGGUAAUGUUGAGGAACCUGUUUGUAGCGAUAUUACAGAGAGAAAAACACUGAAGCAUCUCAUCACUGAUAUGACCACAGGCUCUGGCUCUGGUUUGCCACUCCUUGUCCAGAGGACAAUCGCCAGGACAAUUGUUCUCCAAGAGAUUGUGGGGAAGGGACGGUUUGGCGAGGUCUGGCACGGAAAAUGGCACGGGGAAGAGGUAGCGGUUAAAAUCUUCUCCUCGAGUGAAGAACAAUCCUGGUUCAGAGAAGCCGAAAUCUAUCAAACUGUGAUGUUACGACAUGAAAAUAUCCUGGGAUUUAUCGCGGCUGACAACAAAGAUAAUGGGACGUGGACUGAGCUUUGGCUGGUGUCAGAUUACCAUGAACAUGGUUCAUUGUUUGAGUACUUAAAUAAAUACACAGUGACAGAAAGUGGCAUGAUAAAGCUCGCCCUCUCUGCAGCUAGUGGACUAGCACAUCUCCACAUGGAAAUAGUUGGUACACAAGGUAAACCUGCUAUUGCUCACCGGGAUCUCAAGUCGAAAAAUAUUCUAGUGAAAAAGAAUGGAACGUGUGCUAUUGCUGAUUUAGGCUUGGCAAUUCGGCAUGAUUCAGUCACUGACUCCAUUGACAUUGCAAAUAAUCACAGAGUAGGAACUAAGAGGUACAUGGCACCAGAGAUUCUUGACGACGCUAUGGAAAUGAAGAAUUUUGACUCGUGCAAACGUGUGGAUGUCUACGCCUUAGGCUUGGUACUCUGGGAGAUAGCACGCAGAUGUUCCAUUGGAGAAAUCCACGAUGAGUACCAGUUGCCUUAUUAUGAUCUGGUUCCUCCUGACCCCUCCAUAGAUGACAUGAGAAAAGUAGUCUGUGAUCAAAACCUUAGACCAAGGGUUCAAAAUCAAUGGGAAAGCUAUGAGGCAUUACGGGUAAUGAGUAAAAUCAUCCAGGAAUGCUGGUAUGCUAACGCAGCAGCUCGACUCACUGCACUUCGGAUCAAGAAAACCCUUUCUCAAUUAAGAAUGGAAGACGUCAAAAUUCAGUUGUGAACC